UAAUGUGUCGCCGCCGACUCCGCCGCUGUAGUCACCGCCACCACCCUCCUUCCCCAGACGUUUGCUCGGAUGAGAUCAUCGGGCACAACGCGUAAGAGAGAAGUGAAAGGGAAAAUCGUAUUUAUUUUAUUAAUAUUAUUAUCAUCGUUAUUAAACUAUAUCUAUAAUAAUAACAACGAUAUUGGUCCAUCGCUAUUGUACAGACACUGUAGGCGAACCGUUCCAUUAUCAAUAUUAUUAUUAUUGUUAUUGCCGUGUAGGUAAUAGGUAUUCCGCUCUCGAUUCAACAGUUGUAAUCGGGCGCAGAACAAACGAAAUCAAAAAGCGGUGUUUGUCGCGCAUAAGAGAAUCGAAUAUUUCGUUUCGAAUUUUUCGUCUGGAUUUUGAAAACGAGAAAAUCGAAUCAAUCCAGUUUUGUUGUCUUACGCCGUUAGUGUGGCAGUGUAUGUUCAUAUAUUCAUCUUCUAUCUACUACACCUACGACUAUUAUAAUAUCGUCUUAAAAGUGUGCCACUGUGCUGUUGUGUCGUAUUUUUGACGACGGUUUGAAGAUGAACAAAAAGUGUGCCAGAUGCGAGAAAAUCGUUUAUCCUAUUGAAGAGCUAAAAUGUCUCGACAAGGCUUGGCAUAAACAAUGUUUUAAAUGCCAGUCCUGUGGCAUGACAUUAAACAUGAGAAAUUACAAGGGAUUCAAUAAAGAGCCAUACUGUGAAGCACAUAUUCCAAAAGCAAAACAUACAACUGUAGCUGAAACUCCGGAGUUAAAAAGAAUUGCUGAAAAUACAAGAUUACAAUCAAAUGCCCAAUAUCAUGCUGAGUUUGAAAAGACUAAAGGAAAACUAACACAAGUUGCAGAUGACCCAGAAACAUUGAGAAUAAAAGCUAAUUCAAAAAACAUAAGUAAUGCCGAGUACCAUGGAGAUUUUCUGAAAAAAGCAGAGAUGGAACAACGUAGACAUUUAUCGAAUGGGAACAAUGCAGCAAAUAAUAAUGAACCACUAAAAAAAAAUGUUAUUGCGAACAAAACAAUUCAAGAUAUUGAUCAUAGUAAUACUAUUAAACAAAAUAAAGUACAGCAGAGUUAUAAUAGUGGAAACACUAGAUAUGCGCCUCAGAAAGUUGAAAAUACACAGCACCAUACUAGAGUAGAAGACACUUCUACUAAAAUUCCUGCAUGUUUAAAUCGUCAAUCUUCUACUUUAAUUUAUUCAUCUGAUAGUGGAGAUUUAAUUAACAAUGCAUACAACAAUCACAUUGGUUCAAUAGCUGACUACGAUCCUAUUAAAAAGCAACCGUCAUAUGGUGGUGUUAAGUAUACUAAUAAUUCUGAAAGUCAAAACUAUAACCUCGGGAGAGUUUACCGAGCUAUGUAUGAUUAUGAAGCUCAAGAUUUGGAUGAAGUUUCAUUUACUGAUGGAGAUUUAAUUGUCAAUUGUGCCGCUAUAGAUGAUGGUUGGAUGACAGGUGUUGUACAAAGAACAGGCGAAUCUGGUAUGCUACCAGCUAACUAUGUCCAACCUGCAGCUAUUUAAUUCUGAUUAAUAAUUUUGUUACAUAUUAUUUGUUAAUGUUUAUAAUAUGGUGAAAAUGUAAUAAUUUUAUAGUAAUUUGUUUCUACUAAUUCCCAAAACUAAUUUAUAUGUAUUACUGCAGCUAAAGAAAUUAAGAGCAACUAAUUUAUGUGAUAUCAAACUUGUUAAACUAAAACUAAUUUAAGAUCACUUAUCAUAAAUACAUUUUAAAAAAAUAUUCCUAAAUUAAAAAAAAAAAUACUAUUAAGUGAAAGAAACAUUCCAGUAUUGUAACUAGUAUUUACAUAUUUUUAUUGUAUAACUUAAAAGUAAACUUUUAUAUGAUUUGCACCAGCAAAAUAAUUAACAUGAGA